GCCCAGAACUCGCGUUGCGCGUGCGCGCUCCUUCCGCGUGGUGGUGGUGAUUGCCGUGUGUUGUUCUCCAUCGUCCGUCGCCUCCGCGGCAAUUUUAGCUCCCCGUCCAGGCCUCUCGUCCCUAAGGCUCGGAAUGUUCCCAGAACUUAAUAACCUUCUCAACAUCACCCCUGACAGGGUGGACCAGGGGAAAUUGACUCUACUCUGUGAUGCCAAGACAGAUGGCAGUUUCCUUGUGCACCACUUUCUUUCCUUCUACCUCAAAGCUAAUUGUAAAGUCUGUUUUGUGGCACUCAUCCAGUCUUUCAGCCACUACAAUAUCGUGGGACAGAAGCUGGGUGUCAGCCUGACCACGGCACGGGAACGCGGGCAGCUCGUGUUUUUCGAGGGUCUCAAGUCCUCGGUGGACGUCUUCUUCCGGGUCGAGGGGGAGCCACACCCCCUGCAGUUCCUCAGGGAGGCCAGUGCUGGGAACCUGCGGCCACUGUAUGAGUUUGUGCAGGAGGCUCUGAGGCCCGAGGACAAUGGGGAGGCUGCCUGGAGGUGCCCGGUGCUGCUGGUGGACGACCUCAGUGUGCUGCUGAGCCUGGGCAUGGGGGCGGUGGCCGUGCUGGACUUCAUCCACUACUGCAGAGCCACCGUGUGCUGGAAACUACAGGGAAACAUAGUGGCCCUUGUGCACGACAGCAGAGACACUGAGGAUGAGGAGAACGACAUCCUGUUGAAUGGCCUUAGUCACCAGAGCCACCUGAUCCUGCGGGCCGAAGGCCUGGCCACUGGCUUCUGCAAGGACGUGCAUGGGCAGCAGAUCCUGAGCACAUUGUGUACGGCAGGCCGCUCUCGGCACUGUGGGCAUGAGAGUGGCAAAACAGAUACCUGCCCUCAUGGAGACGACAUUCCCGUGGAGGAGACCGACAGUCAACAGAAUCGAGAAGUAACGUGCAGUUAUGAGUGCUGUAAAUAAAGGCGGAAGGAGGGAGGCCCAUGGCAAGUGAGGAGUGAUGGCUUUUUAGAGUCUACUCCCUGACGUGGGCUCUCUGAGUUCAAGUGUGGGCUCGCCCUCAUUCUGUAAAAUGAAUUUCACCAGCAUUUUAUCAAGCUCUAUAAAAUGUUCUUCAGAGACUUUCGUUGUUUUUUAAAAACUGUAAUUGUAUACUUAAAAAAAAAAAACUAAUGGAGAGAUUAAUACCUCUUAUUAAAUGCUUUUAGUUACUGGAAAAGGGCUUACCUGAUUUUGUUGAUCUUUCUGUGGUGCUUCUGAAAUAGGGAUGCAGUUUUUUUAAUAAAAGUUUUAACAUCCUACAGUUUUUAUAAACUAAUAAUUUUCUGAUGGAGAUUCUUGACUUAUUUUAGAUUUUUUUCCCUUUUUUUUAGAUGUUAACAUCUGCCAAUAAUGAUACCAAGCUUGCUUAUUUUUCCCUUAUAUAACUUUAAUCAGCAUUUUAAAAUUUGUUAAAUAAGAAUGAUGUGAAGGUAUUUAACUUCUCUUUUUAAGGGAAUGGGAAGCAUUUCAUAUAGUAAUUAAUUUUAAAAUGUUAAUGAUCAAAUCAGUUUUAAAAAAUAAGCUUGAAGAGGGAAAAGAGAAAGAAAUGUUCUCUGUCAGCCUCCUGCCCUCAUUUUAAGUUCUUAACCAGCAAUCACUGGGUUUGUGGACUUCAUCGGCUUCAUUGGUGUAAAGCACAAUUUUUCCUGUGUAUGCGAUGAGCAUGGUAACACUUCUCUCUCUGUUGUAUGAGACUUGAGUUCCUCUUACAGUCUCGUCUUACUGUUAUUUGUUGUAUUUUCUGUAACCUGCUGUUCAUGUUAGGCUUGUUAAGAUUUUAAAAUGAAUUAUUAUUGAGAUUUGUUUAUUAUGAUAUGCCAUCUAUAUUUGUGAGUAAAGAUGAUCUGUAAUUGUUUUUUUAUCUGCUAGCCUAGUAAGCUUUACACAUUAGAACAGGAUAUUGUAUCAAGCAUUAUUGAGGAACUUGCUGCCUUUUAUAUGCUUUGAAAUUUUUACUGCUUUUUUUAUUCCAAGUUAGGACUUGCAUUGGUCAAGGUUAGGUAACUUUUUGGAAGUAAUUAAAAUUUUUGUCUUAGUCAUUAGUCUUUAUUUAUAGUUACUUUUUGCGUCAGACUUAGUACUGUUUUUUAAAUUUAUUUUAGGUGAGACAACCCUUGGUUGACCUCAUAGAUUGCAAGGACCUUGUCAGCUUACAAUCCCUUAUUUUUUAUUUUUUACGCCUACAGCACCUGGUCUUCCUAGGUUGUCUCCCAUCCAAGUACUAACCAGGCCUGACCCUGCUUGGCUUCCGAGAUCAGACAAAAUCAGGUGCGUUCAGGGUGGCAUGGCCGUAGACUAUGAGGUAAUAAUAUGUAAAGCCCAUCUCUGACAAGGAGCCAAGUCAUUAGUGCCUCAUGAAUAAUGGCUGCUAGUAUGAUCUGUAGUAACCCUUAUAUUGCCUGUAAGGUUUUGUUCAACUGAAACACCUACUCUAGUUCAGAGAAUGAACUAUUGCCCUCGUCUCCGACACGUGGUAGGAACUUAACAGGUAAUAAAGGCAUUAAAUGAAUAUUAAUACAA